AAGAAAGGAUGAGCUGUUUUACUUCAGUGUGUGUUUCGCCAUGUGAAUAGAGGUCGGAGGAGUUUGUUUUUAAGUGAUUUAUCGUCGUUCGUCGUUUGUUGUUGUUUUUGUUUUUGUUGUUCAACCGGUUUUUUUUUUUAACGUUCUAUUUUUUAAAUCUGACUGCGCGAGACACUUUAACAGUUUUCGGGGAAAAAAUAGCAAGGAGCUGUUGAUAACUUAUUUUAAAACAUUUUUGUUUUUCUUCCUUUAACUGACACAGGAGUUAAAAUUUCAAAGUAUCGUCUUUUUUUAAAAGUUUUUUUAUUUUUUAUUUUUUAUUUUUUUUUGUAUUUUCUUGAACUUGGCUGUCAGGUUUGCCCCGUCGCCAUGGAGAAACACGACUGUCACUUGGCAACGCACGAGUAUCCACAUCCAUUCAUUCACACGGUGAAGCUGACCCGAGCGCAGAGGAUCAGGGGCGUCAUCCUGGGCACCCUCGUCUUCCCUCUCUCCGGCGUCAUCCUGGGCCACCCUCCUCUUUCCCUGAUCUGCUCCGCCGUCAUGCGUGGCGGCCUCUCUUGCUUCUCAUCUCAGUCGGCCUCUCUCGCCCGGCUGGUGGGUUGGCCUGCCUCUGGCCGAGAGACCCGCCACCGCCCGAAGCUGGCUUGGUCCUCCGACUUGCGCUCGGAUCCCUGGGACCGGUUGGUGUCGCGGUCAAACGAGAAAGAACACAGCCUGCCGGUCAUAGGAGCUCUGCUCGAGUUCAACCAGUCUGUGAUUGUGAGCAGAAAGGAUCCAGAAUCGAGGAAAAAGGCAGUCGCCCAGCUCACGGAGAGGUUGACCUCUGGUGGCUACUGGCCUCAGAUGCUGAUGUUCCCCGAGGGAACCACAACUAACGGCAGCGCUCUCAUCAAAUUCAAACCCGGUGCGUUCCUUGCCGGAGUCCCGGUCCAACCUGUUCUGUUGCGUUACCCCAACAAGCUGGAUACUGUUCGCUGGACAUACAAAGGAACAACCUGGGUUGAGGCACUGUGGCACACAACGUCACAGUUCUACACCAACCUGACUGUUGAGUUCCUGCCCGUUUACAAACCCUCCCAGGAGGAGAAGAAUGACCCCAACCUGUACGCAGACAACGUUCAGAAACUCAUGGCCAAGGCCCUGGGAAUCCCCGCUACAGAUUAUGUGAUGGAGGGCCGAGUUCCUGUCAAUAAACUGGGUGGUCUCUCUCUCCCACUGGACUCACCUGCCAGGGAAACACUCUCGCUGUUGCACAAAGACGGUCUCGGCGUGCAUGAAGUGGAAGCAGCGCUGGACAGGAUGAUUGACAGGUGUCAGUCAGGAGCUCAGGGGACCGUCCAGGCCAGCGCCGAGGAGCUCGCCUCUCUUCUCAGGCUGACGGAUAAACAGACAGCUGUCAGGAUCUGUGGCCUCUACUCCAAGGAUGAAAUUGUGGACCUCAGACAGAUCUAUUUGAGUGUUGCUGCUCUGUCAGGGUUUGCCAGCUUCAAGUCACUGCUCCACACUGCUUUUACACUGUUUGACAAAGAGGGCAAAGGCAGUCUGAGUGCAGAGGAGCUGUCAGACCUCAUGGGGGCGCUGCUGGGUUUUCCUCAGCACCACACAGCUGAGCUUUACACUCAGGCCUCCAAUCAAGGCCAGCUUACUGAAGAACGUCUGCUGCGAGUGCUGACGACCCACCCGACCUAUCAGAGAGUGGGGAACGAGUACAUGCAGUCCGAGGAGGCGGGCUCUCGGCUUGCCAACGGGAAGGCUGUGAACAACAACGGAAACAUGCACAACAGCAACGGGUCCUUCCACUACCACAAAAAGCUUGAAUGAGAACAAAGAUUUCUUGUAUUUUCUUUACAGGAUGACCUGUCGAGUUUGUUACAUACUUGUUGCAUCCUAACGGGACAAAUCAAACUAGAAUAUUGACUAAGAAUUGUAUUUUUUAAGUUUGGUGUGUGUGUGUGUUUGGAUGUUUUUUUAAAUCAGUAUUGCUGUAACAUUAUAAAACCAAAGAACGACUUUAAUAAUGACUACAGUAAUUCUUGGAGGUGUGUGUGUGUAAGUGUAAGACCAGGUCCUAUUUGAGGACUUGCAGUUCAUGUUUACCAGUGUACCUUUUUUAUUUUAUUUCUUUUUAAUUACCCUCAAGAAAUCUCGUUCACGUGUUGUUUAAGAUUCCGUUAAAGAGCUAAUUUACUUGUCAUUCGAAGCCAUGAAAUGUUUUAUUUAUUGAAUUUCUUCUAUGUUUAUUGGUGAAUGUAACGGUUAGUGCAAAAAGAAUCUCAACACUCUGUAAAUGAAAAAGUUUAUUUUAUGUAAAUGAAUUCUUAUUCCAUUUUUGUGUGAAUAUUGUUUCUAUUUAACAAUUAAUUAAACUGUGAAUUCUUUUAAGGAAGUUACGCUUUGUAUUUAGUUUUUUUUCCUCAAAUCCACAUUAGUUAUCCAUCUUCCUUCCUCUUCUCAGCUGUCCUUUGUGUCUGUUUGUUUUACACAAGAUAAAGUCUUUAUACUUUAGGGGUAACUGUUUGGAACAACGUGUUUGUCUCUUACAAGGAACACAUGGGAUGUGGGUUCCUUUACGACUUUCCAUCGCACUGCUUUUGCCACCUCCAAAUGUUUCUUGUCCAGAUAGAUUUGAUAAAUUUGAGACCUUGUCGUCCUUAGCCUUUGUGUUACUUCUCGUUAAGGGUGGACUUGGUUUACAGCCAGAUGUUUCCACCUCGUCCCGUGCCC